AUGAAUACUUUAGCAGAACUUCUACUGGUAGAGUUUAUACUGGCAGAACUUCUACUGGUAGAGUUUAUACUGGCAGAACUUCUACUGGCAGAACUUCUACUGGUAGAGUUUAUACUGGCAGAACUUCUACUGUUUCCCUCAAAAUUGAAUACUUUAGCAGAACUUCUACUGGUAGAGUUUAUACUGGCAGAACUUCUACUGGUAGAGUUUAUACUGGCAGAACUUCUACUGGCAGAACUUCUACUGGUAGAGUUUAUACUGGCAGAACUUCUACUAGUAAAGUUUCUACUGGUAGAACUUCUACUGGCAGAAUUUCUACUGGUUAUAUAUGGUGUCAAUUUUUUAAAAAAUUUUGAAUUCAAUGAGUUAUAUCAAAAAUAA